GAACGGCCGCGCGGCGGCUGGGGAGGCACGGGGCGGCGGCGGACAUGUUCCAGGGCGCGGACGGCCAGGCUGGCGGGUCGGGCUCCAGAUCCAUGAAGCCCCCAGGAGGAGAAUCAAGUGAUCUUUUUGGAAGUCCAGAAGAAGGUGUCCCUUCAAGCAAGCCUAAUAGGAUGGCAUCUAACAUUUUUGGACCAACUGAAGAACCUAAAAACGUACCCAAGAGGACAAAUCCUCCAGGGGGCAAAGGAAGUGGUAUCUUUGACGAAUCAACUCCUGUGCAGACUCGACAACGUCUGAACCCACCUGGUGGGAAGACCAGUGACAUAUUUGGGUCCCCAGUCACUGCCACUGCGCCCCUGGCACACCCAAACAAGCCCAAGGAUCAUGUUUUGUUGCGUGAAGGCGAAGACUCUAAAUCUGGCCUGAAAUCUGCAACAAACUCCACACCCAGAGGAGAGCAGAGCGAGAAAGGAAGCUCAAAAGAAGCAGAGCAUGCCAAGAUACCGGAGCCCGCACCUACAGUUGAUAGUCAUGAGCCUAGGCUGGGGCCACGCCCUCGCUCCCACAACAAAGUCCUGAACCCACCAGGAGGCAAAUCCAGCAUCUCCUUCUACUGAGAGGCUCCUGCUCUGCCUGUUACCAGACAGACACUCAGAUAGGGUUUUGAAUGUUAGCGUUUCCUUUAACCCAAGUGAGUUGGGGUGGGAGAGGGUUUAUCAUAUGUGUGGGGUUGGCUGCUCAUAGGCCUUGUUGUUAUUGGAAGAGCUUCACAGAGGACUGUGCCUUCUGGACUGCCAAGAUACACAUGUGUGGGGAUAAAAUGGAAUGUUCUGGUGCCUUCUCUGUAGUUGCUGUAAGGCUGUAGGGAAGGCAGAAGAGAUGGUACCCAUUAACAAAAGGAUCGCUAGGGUCUGUCUUGUCCUUGUAUCAGCAGUCUGCUGGCUCUUGGGCAUCUAAGAAUGGUUUAGUUGAAAAAGAACCCAGACUACCUAUCCCUCAGUGUGGGAUGAAGGAGAAACAGAAACAAAGAGUGAGGUCUAGCAACAUUAAGCCUUUUCUUUCAGGAAAUGCCUAUCACUAAAUGUUUCCACCUCAGAUUACCUCUGAACCCUGAUGUCUCCUUUUCCUUUUUCCCCCCUCAGUAUGUCACCCUGUAGUGUUGAAAUAUGAUUGCUCUUUUUGGUAGCAGUCAACAGAAAAUCAGUUAUUCUCAGUCUUGUCCUGAGCAUAAGGUUUUGUUUCGCUUUGCUUUGCUUUAUAUACACUGAUCCUCUGAGUUGUGCCAUACCUGCACCUAAAACCAUGGCCAUGUCUGAGGUAGCAGCUUGUCUUCCUCUACAGUGGGCUUCGUAUCCUGAUGUGCCAGAUUUGCUUGUGGGUUGUUCUUUUGUUUCUCUCAUUAGCCUUAAGCCUAGGCCUUAGUUCCACAGCCAUGAGGGGUUCUCCCUGUCCAUGGUUUUUCCUAUACAUGAGGUCUCUGGCCUCCACAGGGCAUAAAAACUACUCAUAUAUGUCCAGAUAUUGGGUGGGUUCCUGUUUUUCCCAUCUUGCUUUGUUCCUGUAAUUGGGAGGAAGACCUGUUGAGGGACGUUGGGUUGGUUUCUUUACCAAUGUCUGAAAAAGGUGUACUUAGUAUCAGCCUCUGGUAACUACCCAUGGACUGCAUUCAGCACCUAGAACAGUGCUGCCCUGGUGCACUGAAGCAGAAGCAUUGCCUGAGCCACUUCAGAGAGCUCUUGGCCUGCUCAUAAGCCGUGCUCCCUCUGCAGGCAAGGGCAUCAAGUGUUUUGGCAAUAAAGGUCACAACUGUCAUUUGACAGCAGAGACACUGGGCUCCACAGUCAUGUCGCCACCGCAGUUGUUUAUUUCAUCUGUCAGGCAGAUGUACCUCCUGCUCAGCUCUUAUGGGCUGCAGCCUUAGUUCCUUGUUUCCCCUCUGGUGGCAUCUAGGAAAGGGACUUCUGAGUGCUGCUGCUUUUGUUUCUAGUGCCUACAGAGAGCUUCAUAGCAGCCAGAAAUGUUCUCAAUAAAUUUUGGGAAAGCAGCAGUCCUGCAGCCACACCUGGAUGCUUACGUGCCUGCAGGAGCCACCUGCCAAGCUCUGCUUCCUACGUCUGGCCCAUUGGUGGGUCUGACCAUGACUUUGUCAACCAAAGAGUCUUGCCCUUCAUCUGCCCUGUAUCCUGAAUCCAAGAAACGUGUAUUACAUAUGUUGUAAUUCUGUAACAGCUCAAAAAGGCUGUGGUUCAGUCACCAUGAAGAUGCCAUUUGGAAUUCAGAGCAUUUUUUCCAUUUAAGAAAAUGUCACAAAUUAUGUCUGCUUUAUUUAGCCCAGACACUAACUUCUUUAGCUUAUAAGGAAAUGAUACAAUGAUAGAAAUAAACCUCUUUUUGUAACUGCUCUCAAGUAGAAAAUGAUUUGUGAAUUCCAAACUGGACUGUCAAGAAGGAAUCUGACGUCACUGCUGGCCGCGCUCUUAGCCCAGUGAGAGAAAAAUCUCCAAGCUCCACCUGCUGGCCUGGAUGGCCAGGAGGAUAUAGGGACCUGCAACAGUGACCCACAGCAGCAGCUGCCUUACUCAUCUCCCCUAUCUUUCUAUCUCUCCCACUGAAGCCGGGCUCAGAGCAUGGUAUACAGUGGUAAACAGUUUUCACCUGCAUUAAGCCUUAAAACUUUUUUAAGUACAUUUGGUGCCAUCAUUUUUCGAGCACUAUGUCAGAACAAGAAACCAGUCCUUACAUCAUAAUGUGAUUUUGAUAGGAGCAUUUUGUUACUUUUAUGAGGCAGAACUGGGUUAAUGGUUGAAUUAAACUUAGUAACCACA